GUAGCUUCCUUUUCACCGACAAGAAAAAACCAUGCUCAAUCGAAAGUGGUUUCGAGUAUCCUAUGCCUAUAGCUCCCAGAAUACCAGCCUAAGCGACUGGCUAGUCUUGUGCGCUUCUAGUGAUGUACGACGAUGUAAUCGCCCCGAGGCUGCCACUCAGCUGAGUCCGACAGCCUCAACACGACGUCUUCCCCAACCUCACUCUCCAUAUAUGUUAUUUCAACAGCUCAUCGGCUCCCGAAUACCCUUCUACCUGCAAUCCUCGAGCCUAGUGGAAUAAUGCGUCUGCUACAGUCAGAUGGUGAUGGCAACCUCAGCCUAACCGAGUUCUUGGAAGACAACGUGCCUAAGUAUGCUAUACUUUCACAUAGAUGGGGAGCGGAGGAGAUCACCUUCAAGGAUUUGACAAACGGCAUGAGUAAAGAUAAGGCUGGUUAUGGCAAGAUACAGUUCUGCGGAAAACAAGCAAGGCGUGACGGCUUACAAUACUUUUGGGUGGACACCUGCUGUAUCGACAAAUCCAAUGCCGUCGAGUAUCAACACGCGAUCAACUUGAUGUUUCGCUGGUACCGAGAUGCGACCAAGUGCUAUGUAUAUCUGCCCGAUGUCUCGUUCCCUCGCUCCGAUUCGGCUAGUAGGUCUAAUGUGGCAUGGGAAUCGACAUUUCGGGAAAGUGAAUGGUUCAGACGAGGCUGGACUCUACAAGAGCUUAUAGCGCCGGUAGCUAUCGACUUCUUCUCCAGAGAGGGGGAGCUACUAGGCAAUAAGGUCUCCUUAGAACAGGAUAUCUGCGAGAUAACAGGAAUUCUAGCCACGGCCCUUCGAGGGAGGCUGUUGUCAGGUUUCAGUAUUACUGAGCGAAUGUCGUGGACUAAACGUCGUGAGACAACCUAUAAAGAAGACAAGGCAUAUUCGCUGCUAGGAAUUUUCAACGUUUAUAUGCCACUCAUCUACGGUGAGGGGAAGGAUAGGGCGGUGCAACGACUUCGAGAAGAGAUUAAAAAGGCUUCUAAAGGCCACAAGCGUGCGGACUUCUCGGUCACCUUCAGCCUUUUUGAUGUUUCCGACGUCAAACACUUCGUGGCCAGGGAAGAUGAGCUCUCGAAAAUACACAAGACACUCAUAGGCGAUGGGUCCCGCCGAGCAGUUGUUCUUCACGGUCUAGGCGGAAUCGGCAAGACACAGCUUAGUAUUGCGUAUGCGAAGCGGUACAAGGAGAAUUUCUCAGCAAUAUUCUGGCUGAAUAUCAAGGACAAGGAUUCUCUAAGGCAGAGCUUUACUAAGCUAGCUAAGCAGAUAUCAAGAGAAUACCCGUCCGCCAUUCCGGUCAGCAACCUAGACACGAAUCAAAACCUUGACGAAGUGGUUGAGUCUGUUAAGGCGUGGCUAAGUCUACCUAAUAACACACGAUGGCUGAUCAUCUACGACAACUACGAUAAUCCUAAACUAUCUAGUGGGACGGAUCCUGUGGCUGUGGAUAUCAGGAAGUAUAUUCCCGAAUCAUAUUAA